AUGCCUCCUAGAUUAUACCACCGAAAAUCUAGAACUGGCUGUCAAUUGUGUCGCAAAAGACGCGUCAAGUGCGAUGAAGCUCGCCCAACUUGCAGUAAAUGUAAAGCCCAUGAUCAGGAAUGCAUCUAUGACAGAGCGCCUCGAAAUGCACAACCAGUCGCAACCAAGCUCAGCCCGCACUCCGUGGCCUCGCCAAUGCCAUCCGUCGCGGCCGCCGACUCGCCCCUAGCGCAACCAGCAUCCGAGACCAAAGAACGGCGCCUCCUGGAGCUGCAGUUGAUGAAUUACUUUUGUUUUGACGUGUGCUCUUCAAUGCCCGGAACUUAUUUCCAUGAAGUUCGCAACAUUUGGAACGUUGUCGUCCCAAGGCUUGCGGCCAACUACGAUGCUCUCCUGAAUGCCCUCAUGACGCUAUCUUUGCGGCAUAUGCUCUGCACCGGUUGCCAGGAUAUUGCACCGCUGGAAACGGUCAGGCUUCACCAUGCGCAAUAUCUUGAGGCGACGUUGCAGGAAUAUCGGAGUGUCGUUGGCACUGUGACCACCGCUGUCGCAGACGCUGCAAGCUUCACAUCGGUCGUGUUGUCGCUGGAUGCCUUUGCUAGUCUGCGCGACCGCGAUCUUACGGAGUAUACGGCUCCUGUGCAGUGGUUACAGCUGUGCAAGGGCGUCACCCAAGUUUUUCGGGUGACGCUUCAACUUCUCAAAGGCGACUCUGACGCCUACAUCAACAAGAUUGUGGCGACCAGCGGAUCGUUCGUCGAACCAUCCAAGAUUUUGUGUGAGGCAAACCGGAACCGGUUUCCUGCGCUGCUCGUGCGGCAACCGGGAGAUUCGAAUGAGGACAAUGCAGCCUAUAUCGAAACUGUCAGUUAUAUUGGCGCCGUCCAAGGUGCUGUUGAGGCGGGCGAGCACAUGAAUGCCACUACACGCCGCCUGAUCGUUUACCCAGUGCUGUUUCCCCAGCGCUUCGUCGAAUUAUUGGACGAGCAUAAGCCACGUGCGUUGGUGAUUCUCGCGCACUUUUUUGCAGUCGCCGCACACUGUCAGGCAUCUGCAUGGAUCGGGGAUACCCCAAAGAAAGAGGUUCUUGCUUUGGCUGCAUUUCUUGCCCUAGAGUACCAGCAUGAACUUGCCUGGCCUCUCAGCGCGGUGAGCCAGCCUGGCAGUGGCUCAACGAUAAGCAAGAAUCCCUCACCGCAGUCGGCCACGAAUGGCAGCAACUGA